AGCAAGUGUUUUGUUACUCUCCUGACAACUUUAUUUGAACAAUUAACUGAGUCAAUUUCUUGUGUUUUUACUUUUUUCAUAUAAAAGUGCUACGUUUUUUGCUUGUUCUAAGUGAUCGUUUUUGGCAUUUUAUCGGCAGCUGACUGUGAAUUUUUUGUCCCUAAGUGUUAUCGGCAACCUAACCUCAAAAUGUUGUCCUAAAGCUUCCUCGCUCUACACUGUGUUGCCGAUCAACUAUCAAAAAUUUGACCUUGAAAUCAGCUGAUAGAACUAACAAGAGGCAAAAUGGUCCGGUCUCGUGUGACCAGCAUCCUAGCGGCGACCGGAGCGCCACAUCCACCAGCGCAAUCCACCGAGAAUCAGUACGCUCUGAGAUCCACAAACAGCAACCAACUCUCCCGUUUGAGCUCGCCACCGUCAAUGCAAUUGUCUCAACCGAACCCAAACAAGACUCCAAAAAUCAGCUCUAGGACAAAGAUAACAGUCAAGGCAAUGCGGCAGUCUCCUGUCGGCUCAAAUAGUCGCUCAUCAAUAAAUAAAGCCGAGAUCCAACCACACAUCUCUACUAUGAUGCCAAACCAUGCAGAGAAAAUUUCCACCACAAAAUCAACGAAAACAGCAAAACCUAAGAAGAAAAAUGCCUCUCCCACUGACACCCGGGCAAACGCUGACUCUCCAAAUUAUGCUACGACAGGCGUUCAGACGGAUCCGGAACUGGAUCUACAAUGCCAGCGCGACUCCUUGAUUGAAAACAAUUGUACCCUUAGAAAUAAUAAUAAUUGCAUUACAAAAAUAAACAAAAAAUUAGGUAAUGAAAUAAAGGUAUUAAAUGAGAAAGUUGAUGAAUUGAAAAAAGAUAUUCUGAAUAAGGAAGUAUUGACCCAAAAACUUGAAGAGGAAAUCAGAGAGUUAAAUACUAGAAUCAAAAAACUAAUUACAAAAAAUGCAAUCUUAGCUGAUAGCCUCACAAAUGGUAACUUUAGUCCUAACAGUGUAUCCACCAUAAAUUGUUUUGAACUAUCCACCCAGUCUGGAGUUACACUUCCUCACUAUGACGGAGAAAAUAUAGUUUUAAAAGAUGAUCUUAAUCCCAAUUUUAUUUCUAAUAGCUGCCAAAAGUCGAAGAAAAAAGUCUUGAUUCUUUCUGAUUCACACGGUAGAAAUUUAGCUCAAAUGCUAAAAAAUAGACUAGGAAGUAAUCAACACUUUGAAACUCAUUCAAUUUUUAAACCAAAUGCCCUUUUCAAAAAUGUCAUUGAAGACAUUGGAAAUUUAACCAAGGGCUUCACGAAGAAUGAUUUUGUAUUUGUAAUCGCUGGUUCUAAUGACUUAUUUUACCAUUAUGAAAGCCCUAAAUAUGACUUGUUUACUGAAUUGUGUAAAGCAGCACGCCUCACUUCCCAUACAAAUCUUGUAAUUCCUAAACUAUUUCAUAGGUUCGAUGUUCCCAAUUAUGUAGCAAUUACUUUUAAAAGAUUUUACGACCAGCUCAUAUUAAGAGCAACAAAAAUGUAUAAUCAUGUGUCAGAAAUUGACUUUGACUAUCUUAGUCGCAGCCAUUUUACUUUCCGAGGACUUCACUUGAAUACCAGGGGUAAGCAAGAAAUUGUUAAACUAAUCCAUGACAGGGUACUAGAAACUUUGGUCACAAAAUCUUUAAACUAGAGCUUAAUGACGAAACUACACAAAUGGAUGUAGCUGAUUCAAAUAAGAGCUUGAAUUACACAAAAACAGAGGGCGCUCACCUUAAACUGUACUAUCAAAAUACCCAAUAUAUUUCAAAUAAAAUCGAUCUAUUAAAUGACUUCCUACAAGAGAUUAACCCUGACAUCCUAUGUCUUGUUGAGCAUGGACUAAAGUCACAUGAAAUAGCGCAAUUAAAAAUUAGUGAUAACUAUAGAAUUGUAUCUAAUUAUUGCAGAACUAAACACAAAAGUGGAGGUGCAUUAAUUCUUGCUAUAGAAGAACUUAGAAUUGAAAUAGAAAGUAAAUGGUCGGCCAAAUGUACAAACGAAAUGGACAUAGAAAUUACAUCUUGCAUUGUGAAGGGUCUCAAAUUUAAAUUGUGCAUAAUUGUAAUAUAUAGGUCCCCAAAUGGAAACUUAACAGUAUUUUUCGAAAAGUUAACUGAAUUGCUAACCCUUGUAGAUCCAAAUGUUAAAACAAUAGUAGUAGGAGAUUUCAACAUUGACUUACUCGUUGAUGAUCAUAAUUCGAAAUCAUUAAUAAAUACAAUGAUAGAAAAUAACUUACGACAGCAAGUUUUCAUACCCACAAGAGUAACCGAAUCAACGAGCACUCUGAUUGACAACCUAUUCACUAAUUUACAGAGGAAAGAUUUUAAAAUUGAAGUAGUGGACAGCGCAUUAUCUGACCAUUAUGGAAUUGAACUCAAUGUAUUAAAAGAUUUAGGAUGCAGAAAAAAAGAAAAUAGAGGAUAUUUUGUGAGAAAA